UUCGGACACAGCCAAGAUUCAAGAAGUAGACGUAAUGUGACUUAAUUUCCGGGUCGGAUGGCGUAGCGAAUCAAGGCUAUCGACGCGCGAGAUCAUGCAAGAGGAGAACCGUGCUUGCGAAAACAUCGGACACUGCGGAUAAAAUAGUUAACCGUCUUCAUGAAGUUUUAAGUGUGACGGACUAGGCACCCGACACAGAUCCAGGAUGCCCAUUCCUCCCCCUCCUCCCCCACCCCCGGGUGGACCCCCUCCUCCCCCUACCUUUAACCAGGCGAACACGACUCCUCCGAAGCUGUCUCGUGAUGAAUCAAAGGGCAGAGGGGCGUUACUCACUGAUAUCUGCAAAGGGGCCAAGUUGAAAAAAGUCGGGGUUGUUAAUGAUAGGAGUGCACCUGUGAUUGAAAAACCAAAAGGAGGUGGGGUCACCAUUCCCGGAGGAACGUCUGCUCCCACCCAGUCUGUGGGGGGGCUUUUUCAGGGAGGUGUCCCAAAAUUGCGACCCGUAGGAGAUGGUUCUGUGGGGCGGUCUCCAUUGCAGCCUCCUGGUACUCGUCCCAAUGCUCCUCGCCCGCCAGGAGGUCACGAUGAUCCAGACAGUCUCCCUCAGCAGUCCUCUUCUCCAGAGUCCAGUCGAUCCCAGAGACCAUCCCUACCUGAUCUCUCCCGUUCUCCCGGUGGAGGCAGCAGCCCCUCUACAGGCAUGAAGCACAGUACAUCCGCCCCUCCUCCUCCACCCCCCAUGACUCGUCGUGGAAACGCUCCACCCGCUCCACCUCAGAAGGCCGCAUUGGCCUCGUACAACCGCGAGAAACCACUUCCACCAACUCCGGGUCAGAGAGGACCCUCUCCAGCACCCGUGCGUGACAACGCGCCGCCCCCUCCAGUGAAACCUCCUCCGUCGCCCGCGAGCAAUCGCUCUUCUUCGUCGUCAUCCUCGUUGGCUCCGCCUCCACCCCCUUAUCGCCAGCAGUCCGGGGUUUCGAAUGGCUCUUCUAGUCCUGUGAACGAGGCUGCCCCUGAGCUGCCCCAGAGACACAACUCCCUCAGCAAGAAACCUUCAACAGUUGGGCACACCCCAACACGUGGACAUGCACCACCUCCACCACCAUCGCCCACGCCACAGGCUGGCAGACCUCCGCCUCCAGCACGAGAACCACCGGGACGAGGAGCAGCUCCUCCAGUUCCUGGCCAGCCGUCACGCAACGGACGGGACGCUCCACCUCCCCCACCUCCUUACCGGACCCAUGGCAGCUCCUCGGAUGGUCCGAGCCGAGGCAAGCCCCCUCCUCCCCCCUCCCGCACACCAGCCGGACCCCCACCUCCUCCCCCACCCAUCCGCAAUGGACACACUUCCAUUACCCGUUCAUUCGUAGAUGAUUUUGAAUCCAAGUAUUCUUUUCAUCCUCUGGAUGACUUCCCUCCUCCGGAAGAGUAUAGACACUUUACUAAAAUCUACCCAAGUAAAGCCAACAGAGUAAUGAGAGGAGCCCCUCCUUUACCACCAUUGGGGAGGUAAACACUGUGAGACUGCAUUGUCGACAAGGGUUCUUCAUUCCGACCCAUACGUUCAUAGACAAUCUCACGUGCACAUCUAAAUCCUCUAAGCCUGCACCUUAUUAACAGUCAUUCCCCCAUCGGAUAACAUUCCUUUACAUUUACGCUAGCUUCAUCUCCCAUUUAUCAUCUUCAGAAAAAAGGUGAAUUAUAGGAGUGUGCUGCAUUCCACCAUCACUGAUGGCCAGCUGUCAUGUAUUUCUUUAUAUUUGAAAUACCUGCUUACUCCGCAUAUCACUACACGUUAGAUUGUAUGUUCAUUAUGUUGUAUGUCAUGCUGUCAAAGCCUGUACGUUGGGGAUGUGUAGCACUAAAGAGGGAAGCGGAAAGGCCCCGGAAAUCGUAUUAUAUGUGUCGUCAGUUUUGCUACCCCUGUGAUGCACUGUGAAUAAUGUCAGUCACUCGAAUGUGUGAACUGAAGUGUAAAAUUUAUGAACCGCUUUAGGUGUUUUUUUUCUUGGACGUAUCCCUUUUUUCAGGGAACAGACAUUUAUGUUCUCAGGGGGUUUAUUGGACUUCAUUACCCUCUCCAAAGGCAGAGAACGAUAAGCUAAAUGAACCAGAGUUACGGCGGGUCCAAAAGUGCCAAGAGAAUCUGCUCUAGCAGCGUGACUCAAUCCGUCAGUCGAAACAGACCUGACUGCAGGUAUUAUUAGGCCGAUGGCCCUUUAUUAUUGUUUGUUAUAGAGACGGCUCUUGAGUUAAGCAAAUUUGGAGAUGCUACAUGCCUCACACUUUGUGCCGUAACCUUGCCUGGCUUUUGGCGUUAUGACAUUACAGGUUGGCAAAGUUUUCCCUUUUCAUAACCUUUGCUAACUAACUUGACGUGCUGCGUAUGGACUGGUAAUGUGGGGCAGCGCUGUAUAAAAGACUGCUAUUGUAUCCUGACGGAGAAUAACUGGAAUAAAGAAAGUUUUUAAAGAAACUUGAUAAGUUAUGCAAAGAUUUAACUGCAUGCUGCUUUUUGGGACUGAUCCCUAACAAAAAAUGUGGGGCUUCUUUGCAUGUAAAGUUACACUGCUUUCAUUUUUUUUAAUACAUCUGGUUUUCUUGUAGCGUGUCAUUGCAGAAUAUUACCUUUACCAUUUAAACUAAUCGCACAAUCAUCACACUAAUUCUUUGCAAUAUGCAUAGCCAUAAAGAUGUACAUUAAAGACAAAACUAGCUUUGCUGCAUUUCUCAAAACUGACAUUGGGACUGGGUGUCAUGUUGUUAAAUUGUACUUUGUAUAAAACCCAUAUAUGCUUUUCGCUGUCUGAAUUUCACACAUGAGACUACUAACAUACCAGCAUCUGCAUCCUAUUAUAAUUUUUUUUUUUUUUUUUUUGAGGCGUCAUCACAUGGCCAAUUUUAAAUUAUAUAGACCUGAAAUUGACAUUUAUAAAAAACAUUUACCGUAUUUCCCCAUUUAGCCUCUCAGUUCUUCUGCCUUAAAUUUACUGGUACUUAGAAAUCUUAUAAGAAAAAAAUAAUAAUAAAACUGUAUUUGCAGUAUAAAGGUGGGCGGGGGGUGGUAGUGAUGGAUAGAAGUUUAUUUUUAAGUUGUAAAAAGCUUGUAAUAUAGUAAAUAACUUUAACCAGCCAUGCACAAGGCUUCAAAUGAAGUCUGUAAUGAUAUCCUGAUGUUGUUUAUGUCCUCAAACGUUUCUUAGAUUAUUCUGGUCCUUAAUCUAUCUGUCAACAGGGGUCAGUGUAGAUGUCUGUAGAGGAGCAUACUGUAUCUUACAUUGAGAGAGAAAGAUUAUCUUUAUCAUCAUCAUCAUCAUCAUUUCAUGCUCAACUUAAGCCUGUAUGUUUCUCUACUGUUGAUCUGUCAAUUAACCAGUUGAAAUAAAGCUGAUGAUAAGA